GUGUGCCUUCAGCCUUGCAUUUUUCCCUCCUCCACCCUCCCGCCCUCCCCCCCCCCCCCCCCGCGUCCCCCCCUCGCCACCAACUAUGAAAUAAUAAUAAUAAAAAAAAAAAAAAGGAAGAGAAAAAAAAAAAGAGAGAGAGAGAGAGAGGAGAGAGAGAGAGAGAGAGAGCGAAAGCGAGAGGCAGAGCGGGGGGAAGAGGGAGAGACAAUGGGCUGGUGGAGAGAGGACCCAUCCGGAUUAGCGAGACUUUGCGCUCCCGGCGCCUGAGCCACCCAAAAAGGCAGGCUCGGAGGGAGCGAGAGGGAGCCAGAAGGGUCGGUGGAAGCGAGGAGAAAACCCGGGCGUUUUGUAACUAACAUGAGCGGAGCGCAGCGGCGGCGGCAGCAGCAAUAAGCUUAUUGCAAUUGACAGCGUCUGCAGUUCAUUUCAAGAUGGCCGCUUGGCUCACAUUCAUUUUCUGCUGAACGACUUUUAACUUUCAUUGUCUUUUUUGGCCGCUCCGAUCGUCCCCCGCCGGCUCCUUCCUCCGGCAACCCCCUCGGAGAGCGGAGCAGAUCCGGAUCGGCACCGAGCGGCAGCGGCAGCCGCCCGGACCCCCCUGUCGGGCCGGCCCCGGUGCCCGGACCCCGCUCCGAGAGCCGCCCGGUCCGCCGGCAAAAUGCACCGGACCACCAGGAUCAAAAUCACGGAGCUAAACCCCCAUCUGAUGUGCGUGCUCUGCGGCGGGUACUUCAUCGACGCGACGACCAUCAUAGAGUGCCUCCACUCCUUCUGCAAGACGUGUAUCGUGCGUUACUUGGAGACGAGCAAGUACUGCCCCAUUUGCGAUGUCCAAGUUCACAAAACCCGGCCGCUUUUGAACAUAAGGUCAGAUAAAACUCUCCAAGAUAUUGUAUACAAGCUAGUGCCAGGCCUUUUCAAAAAUGAAAUGAAAAGAAGAAGGGAUUUUUAUGCUGCUCAUCCGUCGGCUGAUGCUGCCAAUGGCUCUAAUGAAGACAGGGGAGAAGUGGCUGACGAAGACAAAAGAAUUAUAACAGACGACGAGAUAAUAAGCUUAUCCAUUGAAUUCUUUGACCAGAAUAGACUGGAACGAAAAGGAAAUAAGGAGAAAGAAAAAUCAAAGGAAGAGGUGAAUGACAAAAGAUACUUACGCUGCCCAGCAGCAAUGACAGUGAUGCAUCUAAGAAAGUUCCUGCGGAGUAAAAUGGAUAUUCCUAACACUUUCCAGAUCGAUGUGAUGUACGAAGAGGAGCCUUUGAAGGACUACUACACCCUAAUGGACAUCGCCUACAUCUACACCUGGAGACGGAACGGCCCUCUGCCCCUCAAGUACAGAGUGCGACCCACUUGCAAGAGAAUGAAGAUCGGUCACCAGAGGGAAGGCUUGAAUAACAGCGGGGAGCUAGAAAGUGACUCUGGGAGCGAUAAGGCGAGCAGCCCAGCAGGAGGCAUCCCUUCCACCUCCUCCUGUUUGCCCAGCCCCAGCACGCCGGUCCAGUCUCCCCAUCCCCAGUUCCCGCACAUCUCCAGCACCAUGAACGGCACCAGCAGCAGCCCCAGCAGUAACCACCAGUCCUCCUUCACCAACAGAGCGCGGAAAACCUCGAUAAACGGCUCCUCGGCCACUUCGUCCGGUUGACGGGCCCACGAGACUACCGCCCCCGCCCCUCCUUUCUAUAGAUCUCUCCAUGCCAUUACAGCUUUAUAGAUGCUAAUACAUGUGACUAUCGUCCAAACUGCUUUCUUUUGUAGUGACACUGAACUUGGCUAUAAAAGGCGGACUAGGUGACAUUCGCUGUGGACGUUAAUUGCGACGCAAGAUUGAAAUGUAAAUUGUUUUCGAAGGACUGGGAAGCGAACAGAAGCGACACCUUCAUGUGUUCUGAAUGAUGUGGAGUUGUUUCCGUCCCCGUCAUCUGGACCCGGGAGUCUCCCGAAGUUGAUAUAAACCCUGGGAAGUAGUUUGUUAAUCCAGACUAACUCCUCCAUUGCGUUCUCUUCAAUUGUUAUUGUUAUUAUGCUGUUUUGUGAACCUGUAGAAAGCAAGUGCUUUUUCAUCUUGAAAUCCAACGAAACGGAAAGAAUAUGCAUAGAAUAAUGCAUAUAUGUAGCCAUGUCACUGUGAAUAACAAUUUUUGCGUAUUAGCCAUUUUGAUUCUUAUGUUGCAUCUUUAAUUCUCUGUUGCUGCGCAGAACCGAUCAAAAGAAAAGUAAACUUCAGUUUUACAAUCUGUAUGCCUAAAAGCGGGUAUUACCGUUUUAUUUACUGACUUGUUUAAAUGAUUCGCUUUUGUAAGAAUCAGAUGGCAUUAUGCUUAUUGUACAAUGCCAUAUUGGUAUAUGACAUAACAGGAAACAGUAUUGUAUGAUAUAUUUAUAAAUACUAUAAAGAAAAUAUUGUGUUUCAUGCACUCAUGAUAUGGUUGUUAAAUUUCUAAACUGGUUCGACCCUUGCAGAUGCCGCCUGUUUGAGCUUUGCUCAUACUGCGAGAAACACUUUGUGUGUGAAAGCUACAGUAUUGGGAAAGCACAUUCGAGUCUCUGAUAACCUGGGGGCAAUUGGCAAUCUUAAAAGCAUUUUACUGCCUUUGUCUUUUUUUUUUUUUUUUUUCAAGUGGUAUAUUUUUACUUUACCAAAUGUUGUUGAAGUGAUGCAGUGAAGAAAAAAAAAAAGUUAAGGAAGAUGAAAGUAAUUGACCUGUUUGAUUACCUUUUUAUUAUUUGGUGUGGUGGGAUUGUGUUUUUAAAAGCACAUGGAAUCAUUAUAGAAGCCAUAAACUAUUUGGUAUAAAUUUUAAGGAACCAGCAAUUUGCUGGAUGAAGGCAUUUUGUCUAAAUUUGCUUUAAUAUAUAUGUAUAUGGUACAGUACUAACUUCAUUAAAAUUUAACAGGUACUUUAAUAUUUCCAAUAAAUUGUGGAGAAUGCCUCCUCUUUAAUGGCCUGCAAAUAGGUGCAUUUUAUUAGAGGCUUCUAAGGGUAUUAUUUUUUUUCAGUAGAAGGAACUUUUCCGACAUAAAAUAUGAACAGCCCAGAACACUUUUCAGUUUGUGCUUUGCUUUGGUCGAACUUCGUGUGUGUUCAUCACCCAUCAGUUAUACAUUUGUGAGGGUGUUUAUUCUAUAUGGAUAUUGUUUCAUGUUUGUACGGGAAAAUUGUAGUUAAACAUUUCAUUGUCUCCAGUCUGCAAAAGAAGCACAAUUCUAUUGCUUUGUCUUGCUUAUAGUCAUUAAAUCAUUACUUUUGCAUAUAAA